UUCUCAACCUCAACAUGAUGCGAAAGGUAGGCUUGGUGCUGGUGGCAGGCGUGGUCGCCCUCGUUUCAGGAGAUAUCAGUCACCACGUCAAGAGUUCUCUGCACCACCCACUAGGUCACCAUGCUGCUCCGCUACAUCAUGUAGCCCCUGUGCACCAUGCUACCCCUGUACACCAUGCUGCCCCUGUACACCAUGCUGCCCCUGUACACCAUGCUACCCCAGUGCACCAUGCUGCCCCUGUACACCAUGCUGCCCCCUGGGGAUAUGCUCCUGUUUAUCCUGAUACGCCUCCACACUACGCCUUCGAGCACGCCGUCCACGACGACUACGCCGGCACCCACUUCGGCCACUCGGAGGCUCGCGACGGCUACAAGACGGAGGGCAAGUACUUCGUGCACCUCCCCGACGGCCGCGUCCAGACCGUCACUUACUACGCCGACGAGACUGGCUACCACCCCACCGUCUCCUACGAGGGGACGGCCCACUACGACGCCCACGCAGCCGCCCCUGUCAAGGCUUACCACGCCCCUGAGCCUGCAUAUCACGCCCCAAUUAGUCCCGUUAAGGAAAAGGAAUUCCUGUUCCUCUAA